AGUGCAAGAGGCGUUGUGCUGUUAACUUCCAAACCUGCCUGUCUUCUGCCUCCACCGACAUGGCUAGAGAAAUGAAGUAAAAUGAAAAGUUUCUGGAACUUUUUCACCUCUUUACAGGCACUCCACAAGCCGUCCACAAGACAAACGUCUGCGGAGUGUGACCUGGUUUGACUAAAAAUAACUUGGACACUUUCUCACUGUCCCGCUAUGAAGAGCGCACUCUGAGGGCUCCAUCUCACUGAAGCUUUCUCUGCACACAGGUGGAUUUCUGACGUUUUCUGAAGGUAUCCGAGGCUCAGGCAUGCCGGUCCCCCCUCCUCCGCCUCCGCCUCCCCCAGCCGCCCCUCCACCACCUCCCCCCAGUGCUGCUCUGCCACAGUGUCCGUUGGAGCCUCCUAAGCCGCAGGCUGGUGGAGGAGGAGGUGGAAGGAAUGCCCUGUUGGCCGACAUCCAGAAAGGAGCCAAGCUCAAGAAAGUCACACAGGUCAACGACCGCAGUGCCCCUGUUGUCGAUAAACCAAAGACUAACACAGGGGAUGUACCUGGAAAUGUUGGCGCCUCUCAUGGCUCAUCAGGCGGGGCGGCACCCGUGGGACCCUCUUUGAGUGGACUUUUUGCUGGAGGGUUCCCUACUCUGAGGCCCAUAGGACAGAGAGACUUAGUGGGCAAGACUCCAGUGUCUCGAUCGAGCUCUUCGGCCUCAAUGAAGCCUCUCUGGAAUCCUCCCACAUCCGCCGACUCCAGCAGCCCUCCAGAACCUCACAGGACAGCAGAGCUCCAGAGCUCCACCCACCGUCUGCUCGGUCCCUCAUCCUCCGCUCCUCCGUCACCUUCUCACGGCAGCAGGCACCCGCCUCCUUUCCCUGCCUCGCCUCCACCGCCGCCUCCGCCCCCGCCUACCUGCGCUCCUCCCCCGCCUCCCCCACCUCAAGCCUUUCAGGCCAACAAGCCCCCUCCUCUCCCCUCGUGUCCUCCCCCUCUGCCUCCCUCCCAGGUUACCAAGCCCACAUGGCUCCCCAUCCAGCACUCUCACCACACAUCUGUCUCCCAGCCCUCUACUCCUCCACCCCCUCCUCCAUCAGCUUUCCAGACUCCUUCACCCGUCCCAGGCGAUCGCUCCUCAGGAUGCUUCUACCCUCCGCCUCCUCCUCCUCCUACGGCCUUCUCAGAACCCUCUAGGUUCCCCAAUCUGCGUGACAGCCCCCUUGGACCUCCACCUCCUCCUCCACCGCUCCCAGCUUCCUUCACUCCCAGCUGCCCGUCCACCCUCCCUCCACCACCGCCCAAACUGGCCCCAGUGUCCUCCCCAGCCGUGCGCUCUCUGCCGCCCUCGUACCCCUGCAACGCUCCAACUCGACGGCCACCAGCUGUGCCUAGAAGUGCAGGUGUGGGUCGACUCGCUCCUCCUCCAGCUCCUCCGACACGUUCCCCCUCCACAGAAUUAUCCACCCGCAUUCCUCCCCCUCCACCACCACCUCCCCUGCCUCCAUCCGGUCUCAGGAAUGGACACCUGCACAGCCUGGCAGAUGACUUUGAAUCCAAGUUCCAGUUCCACCCCAUAGAAGACUUACCUCCGCCCGAUGAAUUCAAGCCUUUCCCUCGGAUCUACCCCAGCAAAGAAAACAGAGUGAACCCCAAACCACCAGCAAUCAGGACACACCUCAGAUGAGUCAUCCCGUCCUUCAUCCCCGGCACGCUGCAGAAAGAAAUCAUUUAUUAUUCCUCCUCUGUCUUAUCUUGACAACAUAUCUGCCAUGGACUUGUUCAGAUAGAGGCGUAUUUUUGUGUGUCGUUUGUUUUUAGUGUGUCUGUGCUUAUACAAGUGUCAAACAGGGUCCCAUCUUACACUGUCUAUGUGACCUCUGACCUUUUCCAGUGUGGAAUGUUUUGAAUGUGAGGAGGAGGAGGUUUCGCCCCGCUAAUACUCAUAAGCUACACACAGACUCUACACAUGUACACUCCAAGGACAGCGUCUUCCAGUAGCUAUAUUUAACUCCUGACAGUGUAACACUUCAUUACCUACAUACAGUAUAGAAACCUUAUUUGAGAUGACGUGUUGAUUCGUCCCUACAUACAAUAGCACUUUUACAGCCACAAACUGGGGUCCAGGGGAGAUGCUGAGUAGCUGCAAAGAUUGUAUAAAUGUGUCAGAACAUGCUGCAUUUUAAAAGUAAAGCCUAAACGUUCAAGCGAGACAAUCCUUACCAGAAAUUUGUGUGCAACAAGUAAGUCUAAUUUCAAUGAAAAACUCAAUGUGAAAACAUGAUUGCAUGUGAAUUCUUGCUCAUUUUUAACUUGCACUGCAGUAUAAACUGACGUUGUGUCCGUAAAGCAUUGUACACUUAGCAUAGUGGUGCUCUCCUGUGUUAAUGUGACUUUUUCUUUUUUAAGAGAAUACGACGGGGCGAUUACUGACAUCGAGUGAAUCGCUGGAAUGCAUUGGUUUUAAAUGACACUGAAUUGUUGGCUUUAUUAAUCGAUAAGUGAGGUAUACUGUUUCCUCUCCUUAACGUAUUAACCAACACUAACACCUGGGAAGACAGUGCCACCUGCUGGUUGAAUGUGUGACCACCAAAUAAACCAAAGUAUCUUUGUUUAACGAG